UGGAACUUGGAUUGAGAAAUAUCAUCUAAAUAUAUAAUAUUUACGAAGUAGAGGAUAAUUUAGUAAACAUAAAAUUACAUGAAGAAGUAGAGUCAAUAAUACUUCUCGCACAUAUCGAAAAUGGAGGCUGAUGACAGUGGGCUGGAACAGGAGAGUGGCGAAAAGAGACAACCUGCGACCGCAGACGGUGAUGACGAGUUUGGUGGAUUUGAGAGUGCAGACCCUAUGGAGCAGGUAGCUCAGCCAUUGCCAAGCAGCCUAGCACAGAGUUCUCCCUGGGCAGAGUUUACUUCCACCUUCCGUGGGUUCUCAGAUCCACCGUUGUCGACAACCACCGCCGGCAUGCAUUCGGACUACUCGAGGGACCAGCGUAACCCCUACUACCAGACAGCAGGUAACGCCGGUGCCAGCGUCACACCGACCAGCCAGUACGAUUACUCGGGCUCGCGGAACUCCUACAGUCUUCCUCGCACCGACUACCCCCCGGCCAGGAGGACGGAGUACACGCCGGCGAAGAAUCAGCAGUUCCAGCCAUCGUCCGCCGUUCUCGAUCUCGAGAAGGAUGUGCUUGAAUCAGCUCAGGCGCUGCAGGAUCUAAAGGAUGAUCUGUUCAGCAGGCAGCGGCCGCCGCCUCAUCAGCCGCAGGGUAAACCGCCGCCGCGGCCGCCCCUGCCUGCCUCACACGCUGCCGACGCUGACUCCUACGCACGUCAGCUGUCUGGCGGCGAUGCAAGCGAUCCUUACGGACGAUCGAUGCCCGGCGGGGAUGCGGGCGAUGCGUACGGACGAUCGAUGCCCGGCGGGGAUGCAGGCGAUGCGUACGGACGAUCGAUGCCCGGCGGGGAUGCGGGCGAUGCGUACGGACGAUCGAUGCCCGGCGGGGAUGCAGGCGAUGCGUACGGACGAUCGAUGCCCGGCGGGGAUGCGGGCGAUGCGUACGGACGAUCGAUGCCCGGCGGGGAUGCGGACGAUGCCGUGACGGAACGAUUGCGAUGCCGCGGGGACUGCCGGGCGAUGGCGUAA